GGGGGCCGGGAGGCACGUCCGACCCCCUAGGCCACCUGGCCUGAAACAGCGAGCGCACCGGCUGUGGGAACCUGUGGCUGCAAGUCGCCUGCGCAGGGCGGAGCGGUCGGGAAGGGCGUGGCGUGUCCGUGGGCGUGUCCGGAGGCCCGGGGGCGGGGUCCUCCGGCUCUGGCUCCCGACUCCGUGGCGCCUCCUGGAUUCGCUCUCCGGGGCUCAGCCGGCGCGCUCCAGCCAGAAUACUGGGAUCUUCAAUGGCAGGAGAAGGAAUAAUCAGAAGGCCGAGAUGAAUUUUAACACUAUUCUAGAAGAGAUUCUCAUUAAAAGGUCACAGCAGAAAAAGAAGACGUCACCCUUAAACUACAAAGAGAGGCUUUUUGUGUUAACAAAGUCUGUGCUGACCUACUAUGAAGGUCGGGCAGAGAAAAAGUACAGAAAAGGCUUUAUUGAUGUUGCAAAAAUCAAGUGUGUGGAAGUAGUGAAGAAUGAUGAUGGUGUCAUUCCCUGUCAAAAUAAAUAUCCAUUUCAGGUUGUUUAUGAUGCUAAUACACUUUACAUUUUUGCACCUAGUGCACAAAGCAGAGACCAGUGGGUGAAGAAGUUAAAAGAAGAAAUUAAGAACAACAAUAAUAUUAUGAUUAAAUAUCAUCCUAAGUUCUGGGCAGAUGGGAGUUAUCAGUGUUGUAGACAAACUGAAAAACUUGCACCUGGAUGUGAGAAAUACAAUCUUUUUGAAAGUAGUAUAAGAAAAGUACUACCUCCAGCACCAGAAACAAAAAAACGGAGGCCUCCCCCACCCAUCCCUCCUGAAGAGGAAGAUAAUAGUGAAGAAAUAGUUGUUGCUAUGUAUGAUUUCCAAGCGACAGAAGCACAUGACCUCAGACUAGAGAGAGGUCAAGAGUAUAUCAUACUAGAAAAGAAUGAUGUUCAUUGGUGGAGAGCAAGAGACAAAUAUGGGAGUGAAGGUUAUAUCCCAAGCAAUUAUGUAACGGGGAAGAAAUUGAGCAACUUAGAUCAAUACGACUGGUACUGCAGAAAUACAAAUAGAAGCAAAGCAGAGCAACUCCUCAGAAGUGAGGAUAAAGAAGGUGGUUUUAUGGUAAGGGACUCUAGCCAACCAGGCAUGUACACAGUCUCCCUUUAUACAAAAUUUGGAGGAGAAAGCUCAUCAGGCUUCAGGCAUUAUCAUAUAAAGGAAACAACAACAUCCCCAAAGAAAUACUACCUGGCAGAAAAACAUGCAUUUAGUUCAAUUGCUGAGCUGAUUGAAUAUCAUAAGCACAAUGCAGCAGGACUUGUGACAAGGUUGCGGUACCCAGUUAGUGCAAAAGGGAAGAACGCACCAACAACUGCAGGAUUCAGCUAUGAAAAAUGGGAGAUUAACCCUUCAGAGCUGACUUUCAUGAGGGAGUUGGGAAGUGGACUGUUUGGCGUGGUGAGACUUGGCAAAUGGCGAGCCCAAUACAAAGUGGCAAUCAAAGCCAUCAGGGAAGGCGCCAUGUGUGAAGAAGACUUCAUAGAAGAAGCUAAAGUGAUGAUGAAACUGACACACCCAAAGUUAGUCCAGCUCUAUGGUGUAUGCACCCAGCAGAAACCAAUCUACAUUGUUACUGAGUUCAUGGAAAGGGGCUGUCUUCUGAAUUUUCUCCGACAGAGACAAGGUCAUUUCAGCAGAGACGUGCUCCUGAGUAUGUGUCAAGAUGUGUGUGAGGGAAUGGAGUACCUGGAGAGAAACAGCUUCAUCCACAGAGAUCUGGCUGCCAGAAAUUGUCUGGUAAAUGAGGCAGGAGUUGUGAAAGUGUCUGAUUUUGGAAUGGCCAGGUAUGUUCUGGAUGAUCAAUAUACAAGUUCUUCCGGUGCUAAAUUUCCUGUGAAGUGGUGUCCACCUGAAGUGUUCAAUUACAGUCGCUUCAGCAGCAAAUCAGAUGUCUGGUCAUUUGGCGUCUUAAUGUGGGAAGUAUUCACUGAAGGCAGAAUGCCCUUUGAGAAAAACACCAACUAUGAGGUGGUAACCAUGGUUACCCGCGGUCACAGACUCUACCCACCGAAGCUGGCAUCCAAAUAUGUGUAUGAAGUGAUGCUGAGGUGUUGGCAAGAGAAGCCAGAGGGAAGGCCUUCCUUUGAAGAGUUGCUGCGCACGAUAGAUGAGCUAGUAGAGUGUGAAGAAACUUUUGGAAGAUAAAUGAUGCUGUGAUCCAUGGCUCCUAGGGUCCAAAACACAAAGAAGAAAGAGCAUUCACAUUACUGUAGUUAAUUUAUUUAAAGUGGAAACACCUGAGGCACUUGCUUCUCAACCUACUUUAGUUCUGUGACUGAAUCUUCCAUGAAAAUGCUCUCUUAGAGAUGGCGAUUAAGUCUCUAUUUCUGUCUAUUCCACAGGCACUAAUGUGCCCACUGGUGCUAUGCUCAGACCCCAGGAUUUGCCCACUCUAGGACUGCAAAUGGACACGAUAGCUGGUUCCAGUGGAAGGCCAGCAUAUUGGGAAGAGGAAGAGCAUUAGAGCUAUGUUCCAGCAACCUUCCCUUUGACUACAACAGAAAUCUGGGCCUGGGAUGUUGUCUAGAAUGUGAGUUUUGGGUGAAUCAAGAGCCCACUUUGGAUAAUACCCAUCUUUUGUUUUAAAAGCUCUUUUCAAGACUGCCACUAGUAUUACAUUAAAGAAAAAUCUGUAUGCUAUAUAUAUAUAUUGUAAAAUAUGUAAUAUAUAAAAUUAUAUAUUUAUAAGAAACGUG